GAGGGGCUUGAUCGCUCCAGUGAGAGAGAGCGCGUGGGUGGCAGUGGGAGCAGGAGGCAGCAGCAUGGCCCGGAGCUGACUGACAUCUACAGGAUCUACAGCAGCAGCUGGAUUCUCAGCACGGGGUCAGGACGAGAUGGAGUGUGAGGCCGGAGAGACCACCCCGGACCCUCCAAACCUGAGAAGGUCCGGGAGCCUGGGAGCUUUCAUCUGUGGCCCACAAAAGCUGAGGCUAAAGGAUAUUUUUACAUGGCGGCUCCUGAAGACGGUGGCACUGGGUCAGGUCCUGUCUAUGCUGGUUUGCGGGACGGCGGUGACGAGUCAGUAUCUUCAGACUCUGGAUCAGAAGGCUCCGGUGGAAACUCCCAUGCUGCAGAGCUUCCUCAACUACGUCCUGCUGUUCCUGACCUACACCCUGACCCUGGUAUUCAGGAAAGGUGAUGGAAAUAUUUUCCACAUUUUGAAAUCAAAGUGGUGGAAGUACUUGCUGUUGGCGCUCACAGAUGUUCAAGCAAACUACACAGUUGUGAAGGCCUACCAGUUUACUACCCUUACAAGUAUUCAGCUGCUGGACUGCUUUGUGAUCCCGGUGCUGAUGGUGCUCUCCUGGUUCUUCCUGAAGACUCGCUACAGGCCGCUGCAUUUUGUAGCAGUGGGGGUGUGUCUGCUGGGGGUCGGGGCGAUGGUGGGAGCUGAUCUGUUGGCUGAAAGAGACCAGGGCUCGAAUUCAAAUGUAUUGUUGGGAGAUUGUUUGGUGCUCAUCAGUGCUGCUCUGUACGCGGUGUCAAACGUGGGUCAGGAGUACACAGUGAAGAACCUGAGCAGAGUAGAGUUCUUGGGGAUGAUUGGUCUCUUUGGGACUCUCAUCAGUGGUGUACAGAUGGCUGUACUUGAAAUCGGUCCAAUAGCUGCCAUUGAUUGGGACUGGUAUAUAUGUCUGCUCUUUGUUGCCUUCAUGCUGUGCAUGUAUGGGCUAUACAGUUUCAUGCCUGUGGUGAUGAAGAUGACGAGCGCAACAGCGGUGAACCUCUCCCUGCUGACUGCUGAUCUCUUCAGCCUCUUAUGUGGGAUCUUCCUUUUUGAUUUAAAAUUCUCGGGCCUGUACAUCGUGUCGUUCGUGGUGAUCACUGUUGGCUUCAUCAUGUUUAACGUCGUGCCCACCUACACACCAGACCCACCUGAGAACACUGAGAGAGCUUAUGAGAGUGUUGCCACCUCUGAGGUGGUCCAGGGAGAGGAAGAGAUUAUCCUGGAUGAGGGUUCGGAGAAUUGCGCUCAGAGAGCCUGUGGUCAUGGAGAACCCUGCCCCUCACUCUGUACACUCAGAUACAUGGUAUAGCUCAUGGGUGGGGGACUGGGGUCGGGGGUCUUGCAUAGUUUUGGUGGUUUUCCUGCUUUAACAGACUGCACUGCAGUUCUGAAUGAGCUGGAGAAGCAACAGAAGAAACUGUGCAGGAGUUCAGUCCUGGUGUAGCUCGUUAGCUCACGGCUCUACAGUGUAGAGAAUGUGGUUUUUGAUGCCUCAAUUUUGAAGGCCGUGCCUUUUUACUGUAACCAAAGGCUAAAUAAUGUUACUUUAUCUGCUUUUCCACUGCAGAGCCAAACGGUUCGCUAACCGUGUCAGGGGCCACAGAACCGCUCAGUGGGAGGGGUUUAAAGACUGAGGGAUCUGCCUUGCAUUAGCGACAUUGGACGAGUGUGGUUGACCUGUUCACCAGCAUUGCUAACGCAGCAUUAGCGAUGUUGAAUGAGCCUGUUUGCUCCUAUUGCUAAUGCAGUGUUAGCAAUAUUUGAUGAGCAUGGCCACCUGCACUGCUAAGCCAAUAUUAGUGAUGUAGGAUGAACCUGGUCACUACCAUUGCUAACACAACAUUAGCGACAUUGAAUGAGCAUGGUUACCAGCACUGCUAACGCAAAAUUAGCGUCAUUAGAUUAGCCUGGUCGCAACUAUUGCUAAUGUGAUGUUAGGGACAAUGGAUGAGACCGGUUGCUAGUAUUGCUAAUGCGAUGCUAGCGACGUUGGAUGAGCCUGGUCAUUAGCAUUUGCUAAUGCGGUGUUAGCGAUAUUUGUUAAGCAUGGUGACCAGCACUGCUAACGCAAUGUUAGCGACAAUGGAUGAGCCUGGCUGCCAGCACUGCUAAAGCAACAUUAGCAAAGUUGAAUGAGCCUGGUUGGCAGCAUUGCUAACGCAGCAUUGCUAACGCAACAUUAUCGAGGUUAGAUGAGCCUGGUCACUAGUAUUGCUAAUGCGGUGUUGGCGAUAUUUGUUUAGCAUUGUCUCUAGCACUGCUAAUGUGGCAUUAGCGACAUUUGCAGCCUUAUUUGUCCCUGCAGUGGAAAAGCAGCCUUUGUUUGCUCUGGAUUUUGUGCCUUUCUGCUAAAUGAUUAUGCAUUUUAUAUUUAGAUUUGACACUGCAGUUCUGUUUAAUUUAAUCAGCUUUUUGCAUGUUACCAGGUCAAAUUUGGUCAUAAAUGGUCAAAACACUUAUUAUUGUUAUUUUAUUUGUAAAUAAUUUCUAAUGUUAAAAUCAGGGUUCUUUAUUAUUUUAAUGGUCAGUGUAUUAAUAGAGUGCUCUUUAGUUUCCAAAUCUGUUGCAACUGGAACAUAAUUUGUUAAUAUUUUAUAUAUAUGUUGUUAAGCACUGCUGCUGUUAAUGAUUGGAGGUGCUA